AAUUGCUCCAGUGUAGGCCCCGAGUAGUGACUUACUGUUGAUGCCGAAGCCAAAUAUCGGAAGUGCUGCAGCAGAACGAUACGAGGCUCGACCGAAACGAAAUGCAGCACUCUGACUUCUGAGCCAUUUGACAGCCCACACAAAGAUGAAAAGUGAAUAAGCUUCGUUCGACCGUCGGUCGCGGAUCCAAACCAAGGAUGUUGCUUCGAAUGGCCGCGCGAUGGAUGGCUUUUGCACUGAUUACGGCCAGGUCCGGCUUUGCCUACCAUCAGAAGGAGCAACUCUUCCUAAUCGCGCCGCUCCAGGAACAAAUCCCGACUGAACCCCACCAUGGCUUCGGGGACCUACCGCAAAAUCGCACCGUCAUAGACGUACUGAAUGCAUCGCCAGACCACCUCAUCUUUGUUCGACUGCUUCAACGAGCUCGUCUCAUUCCCUAUAUCAACAAAUUGCAAGAAUUUGACGAUGAAAAUGUCGGUCUGACUGUCCUCGCACCAACUGACAGAGUUUGGCCGCGUGAAUUCCGUGCCGCUUUGGGGGGCGAUACCUCCUUCACAGACGAGCAGGUAGACGCUGCUAUCGUGAAUUCGCUCCAAAUGGGAUCACGCGACAACAUUCAAGAGUUUCUACAAGAUCUCUUGCUGUAUCACUUCGUCAAUCGGUCGGUGGUGGGCGAUAUCAGCGAAUCGCAGUGGCCAGCGAGGCUCCUCACCACGUUGCAAAGACCCCACGAUCAUAUCACAAUCGGCAACCGCCCUGAUCUCAUGCUAGAGGGCCAAAAGAUUCUCAUGCGUCAGAAUACCUCAGCAGUAUUCUUCGGUUGGUCGUACGGGAAUGACACAGUCUGGGAGAUGGGCAGCGCCAUCUAUGUAAGGAUGUGCUCGAAAGGAAUUGUCGUCGCUUUAGACCGGGUACUCCGACCCCCACCAACUUUAGAUGUCAUCGUUCGGACGCAUCCCGCGCUUGAAUACAUGAAUCAAAUACUAAGCGAAGACGAGCUCGUCAGAGUCGGCAAAUCACCUUCAACAACAGCUUUCCUUCCGACUGAUGGCGCUUUUAAUGCUUUGAGCCCACUUGAGCGUCGCUACCUUGAAGGCCCAUGGGCCAUAUCACGGCGGGACGAUGUGCGGGUAUUAGCCUGGCACCUGACCUCGUCGGAACAUGUGCUUUAUGGGCACCGCCUCCAAGACCGCGAAGUGGUUAUGGCACUGGGAGGUUCCCAUAAGAUCAGUCUCGAAGACGGGCAAAUCAAAAUUGGUUCGGCGAAUGUGGUAGAAACCGAUAUCCUUACCGCAAAUGGCGUUGUGCACCUAGUCGACUCGCUUUUGAGUCCUUACCACUCACCCACUCUGGCCCUGACGGUGGAAAAAGUACUCUUAGCCUCCAAUGCCAGCCACUUCGUUGAUUUAAUUCAUCGCGCUGGUCUUGCCUCAUACAUUACACGGAGUCCUUCACCUGGGGACGAGGAUAAUGAUGAAGCGACGCGUCGGAGUCCAAUGACCUUUCUAGCCCCCGGAGACCGUGCGAUCACUCAGAUUAGUUCAGAAAGGGGACGUGAAGAGCUGCGAGGGUUUCUCAAGUACCAUUUCUUGGGAAAAGCCUACUCCACACAUGACUUGACUGAUGGCAUGCUUCUUCCAACUGAGCUGCAAACCUCGGCACUGCAAGGAGCAUCCCAAAGAAUGCCUAUUCAUGUCCAUGGGUCGACUCUCGCCCAAUAUCCAGAUAUCUCCUUCGGCGAAGCCAGCAUUGUCGGGGAACCUAUCGCGGUAGGGAAAGACCGAGUGUUCUUCAUCUCUCAAUUCAUUGAGCCGCCAGAAGAGCCAAUGCAAGUAGCUGUUAGCACGUUGACCAUGUCGGCAUUCGUCGCUUGGAUAUACUCGGGGGCCAUGGAAGACCAAGUAUCACACACGCCAGCAUUGACCGGGCUCUUUCCAAGUAAUAAAGCCUUUGCUCAGCUUGGUCUGCUGGCGAAUUUCCUUUUGCACGUCGACAACAGGGAAGCUCUUCAGUCGGUCUUGCAAUACCAUCUUUUGAGGGGCGUACACUACUCGGACACCAUCAGAGGUAUGCACCAGCCGUACGAUACCCUUCAAGGGUCAACCAUCGAUCUGUCACGCUCCAAGACCGGAAAUCUGUCUAUCACAUCGCGCAGCUACCUGGCGUCUGUCAUUCAGAAAGACCUGCUGACUUCUAAUGGAGUGAUCCAUCAAGUUGAUCGUUUGUUGCUUCCUCUGGAAAUGGAGGUCACCAUUGGCGACCUGCUGCGCGCAUCCAAGCUCGAAACGAUGGAGGAACUCAUACUCCUGUCAAACUAUUCUUGGAUCUUGAAAGCAGAAGGGUCAUACAUUGUGCUCGCUCCCUCAGCAGAUGGCUUCGGCAGAACGAACCUGACCAAAUUACGAUCGGAUCCAUUCGAGUUGGACAAGUUCAUUGGUCUGCACAUCCUUCAGGCAGAGCGUCGCCCGGAUCACCUGGAUCAGCACCAGCCCAUCGCCUUGCAGGACGGUGCGACGCUCUCCACGCUUUAUCCAGGCAAGUUUUCACGCUUAGCGUUGCGUCGACUUUCGCAUCGAGAGGACGAUAGCGAUUCGCCCCGCUUCCAGAUUGGCAUUCUCGGCGCCAGGGGGACUUCAGGCGACGGCCACGCCUCCGCUAUCAUUUCGCAUGGAAUGCAGAUUCGGCCAGCAAAUGACACACGCCCAGAAGGGGGAGUUCUGGUGCUUGCAUCGGCACUGGAUCCUUAUGAGCCAAAUUGGUUCUUCAAAUGGUGUUGGCCCGCCGCAUUGGCCGUAUUCUCCCUGCUGUCCCUCUCGCUGCUUCUUUUCAUAUCAGGAAGAUACCUUAUACGCAAGAGAAGGGAUGCAUCAUCAGCGCCGCUGGAAGGAGAGGAGGAGUGAUGCAAUGGAAUGUGCUCCACUCUUCGCGUCACAAUUGGUACAUUUUCCCUCCAC